AUGUAGCCUUGAGAAUCCAGUUGGGAAGGCGGUAGUUUAAAAGUCGGAUCGCCCACGAUGCAAAACGAGGCCGGAGAAUUCGUUGAUUUAUACAUCCCGAGACGCUGUGCUGUCACCAACAGACUAAUUGGUGCGAAAGAUCACGCUUCUAUCCAAAUACAGUUUGUUGAUUUGGAUCCUACGACUGGUAGAAUGACUACAGGCAUUAAGUCCUACGAUAUUUCGGGGUCUAUACGAUCAAUGGGUGAAGUCGAUGAUUGCAUAAAUAGACUGGCAGUCAGAGACGGCAUGCUACCACCAAACUUCUGCGAAAGGACUUUCUUGUAAAAUUAUGGGAAAUAAUUUCGAAUAAAUAAUCUUUGUGAUGGAUCUGGAAGUUUUUGUGAGUAUUAGUGAGUUUUUGGGUUGGAUAAGUUGUCAAAAUUGCCACACCGUUUGCGUUUUGUUAGUGUAAUGAAUUAAACUAAGUAGACUUUCUGACAGAGCGUUAAGACAUCUUCAAUGAUUUUCUGAAUG